AUGGACAAGAUCAAGGACAUGGCCGGCAAGGCGAGCGGUGGCUCCAGCAGCGGGAACUCUAGCUCCAGCGGUGGCUCCUCGAACAGCGGCGUUGGCAAGGGCGUGGAUAUGGCUACUGACAAGGCCGGCUAUGGUGACAAGUACGACGACAAGAUCACCACGGGCAUCGAGUCCCAGAUGAACAAGAGCGGCAAGAAGUAG